CUGCUCAUGAAAGUGGGAUUUAAAUCAACAGCGGCAUUGCUGGAACAUUUUUGGUGGGAUACAACUGAACUGAUCCGCUAUGCUGCUCCUCAUCCAUGUCAUGCUAAUCUUAUGGGUUGCCACUGUUGAGGGACAAGUGGAGUUUUGUGAUUUUCCAAAUAUAAAGCACGGAAUUCUACAUGAUGAAAACAGACAUAUACCAGGCUUUCCAGGUGUUCCUGUGGGAAAUGUCUUCUAUUAUUCCUGUGAACAUGGUUUUGCAUCACCUUCAAAAUCCUUUUGGUCUCCAACUACCUGCACUGCGAAUGGAUGGUUGCCGAUGCCUAAGUGCCUCAGGUUAUGUUUCUUUCCUUCUGUGAAAAAUGGCCAUUCUGCGUCUUCAGGACAAACGCACAUGGAAGGUGAUACUGUGAAAAUAGACUGUGAUGCUGGCUACAACCUACCAAAUAACGGGGGCACCAUCUCAUGUACAGAGGAUGGCUGGUCCUCUCCUCCCCAGUGCAGUCCCAACAAGUCUUGUGAUAUGCCAUUAUUUGUGAAUGCCAGGAGCAAAGGCAGUAACACACUGUUUAAGCUCAAUGACCAGUUGGACUAUGAAUGCAGUGAUGGCUAUGAAAGCAGAAAUGGAAGCACUUCAGGCUCCAUAGUAUGUGGUGGAAACGGUUGGUCUGAUCUGCCCACAUGCUAUGAGAUAGAAUGUUCUGUUCCACUUUUUAAUGAAAAUAUAAAUGUCUCCCCAAAAAAAGAACGUUAUAAAGCCGGAGAUGUGUUGAAAUUUACCUGCAGAAGAGGAUUUACAAGAGUUGGGCCAGAUUCAAUUCAGUGCUACCAAUUUGGGUGGUCACCCAGUAUUCCAACGUGCAAAGAGCAAGUGAAACCUUGUGGUCCAACUCCUCACCUCCUCAAUGGUAAAAUUAAGGAUAUAUGGAAAGAAGAGUAUCAACAUAGUGAAGUGGUGGAAUAUGAUUGUGAUCCUAAUUUUCAAAUGAAAGGACCUAAAAAAAUACAAUGUAUGGAUGGAGAAUGGACAACUUUGCCCAUUUGUGUUGAAAACUUGAAAACAUGUGGAUACCUACCAACACUGGAACAUGGCUAUGUCCAAACCACUUCCCAUGUUUACCAUCAUGGACACUCAGUGGAGACAGAGUGCCAAAGUUCAUAUACAAUGAUUGGAAAUAACAUAAUUACCUGCAUUAAUGGAAUAUGGACCCAGCUUCCUACCUGUAUUGAAACAAACAAACUUAAAAAGUGUAAGAUCCCACGUGUCCACUUUUCAGUACCAUCGAGGUUCUUAUUUCGGGAUGAAUACAAUCAUAACACCACAAUCACAUACAGAUGUCUCCAUUCCCGGCAAUACCAGCAAACAACCUGUAUACACGGGAAGUGGGAUCCUGACCCAGCCUGCACAAGAAACGUGAAAUCCUGCCCGCCACCACCUCAGAUACCCAAUGCUCAGAAUAUGACAACCACCGUGAAUUACCAGGAUGGUGAAGAAGUGUCUGUACUCUGUAAAGAAAACUAUCUACUUCAAGAGUCUAAAGAACUUGUGUGUAAACACGGACAAUGGCAGUCAUUACCACAGUGUGUUGAGUUUACAGGGCAAUGUGGGCCGCCUCCAACUGUUGCCAAUGGCGAUCUCACGUCAUUUCCAUUAACAGUAUACCCUCCUGGAUCAAGAGUCAGAUACCUUUGCCAGUCCUUCUAUAAACUGCGGGGCUCCCAAGACAUAACAUGUAGAAAUGGUCAGUGGUCAGAAUCACCAAGAUGCUUAGAUCCAUGUGUGAUAUCUGAAGAAAGUAUGAAGAAAAAUAACAUACAGCUAAGAUGGAGUGAAAACAAAAAGCUUUACUCCAAAACAGGAGAUGUUGUUGAAUUUAAAUGCAUGGAGACAUAUCAAAUGAAAACACCAGAGCGAUCCUUCCGAACAACCUGUCAGGAAGGGAAAAUCGAAUAUCCCAGCUGUGCCUAAAGAUAGUAUUUGAAAGUAAUUAUGCAUGCAUCCAAAAAGGUAUCCAAUUUCAUAAUCAUUGUCUUUAUCCCUGCAUGUUAUUAACUCACGUAAAUUUAGAAAUAUGAAUUUUUAAAAGUUUAAAAACUUGUAAGAUGAGAGAGAGAAAUGCUGCAUUUAUUAGAGGAGCUUCAUUAUUAGAAAAAGUUAAUAUGCCUUUGAAAAUAGGUACAUUCACAAAAUACACACACACACACACAAAGCUCAAAUUAAACUCACUCCUACAAACCCAUGGUGGUUUA